AAGAGAGAGAGAGAGAGAGAGAGAGAGAGAGAGAGAGAGAGAGAGAGCGCGGCAAGACCGGAAGUGCGGUCUGGAGCUAACGCGGCGAGGCAAGAUGGCAGCGACCAAGAGAAAGCGGCGUGGGGGCCUGGCGGUUCAGGGAAAGAAGCCAAAAAGAAGCCGGAGAGAUGCCGGGCAUCCAGCUAAGCCUGCCGCCGAGGCAGAAGAGGUAGAGGAAGAAGAGAGAAACCGUAUUCCAGGUCCCGUUUGCAAGGGCAAGUGGAAAAAUAAGGAGCGGAUCCUGAUCUUUUCUUCCAGAGGAAUAAAUUUCAGAACAAGACAUUUAAUGCAGGACUUGAGAACGUUGAUGCCUCAUUCUAAAGCAGACACUAAAAUGGAUCGGAAAGAUAAAUUGUUUGUGAUUAAUGAGGUCUGUGAAAUGAAAAAUUGCAAUAAAUGCAUCUAUUUUGAAGCUAAGAAAAAACAGGAUCUCUAUAUGUGGCUUUCAAAUUCACCUCAUGGACCAUCUGUCAAAUUCUUAGUUCAAAAUAUUCAUACCCUGGCUGAACUAAAGAUGACUGGCAAUUGUUUGAAAGGUUCUCGCCCCCUUUUGUCUUUUGACCCUGUUUUUGAUGAAUUGCCACAUUAUGCUUUGUUGAAAGAACUCUUAAUUCAGAUUUUUAGUACACCACGGUAUCAUCCCAAGAGUCAGCCGUUUGUGGACCAUGUGUUUACUUUCACCAUUUUGGAUAAUAGGAUAUGGUUUCGAAACUUUCAGAUCAUAGAAGAAGAUGCCGCUCUUGUAGAAAUAGGGCCUCGUUUUGUCUUAAAUCUCAUAAAGAUAUUUCAGGGAAGUUUUGGAGGACCAACUUUAUAUGAAAAUCCUCACUAUCAGUCCCCAAACAUGCAUCGACGCGUCAUAAGGUCUGUCAUGGCUGCAAAGUACAGAGAGAAACAGCAAGUGAAAGAUGUUCAGAAACUGAGGAAGAAAGAGCCGAAGACUAUUCUCCCACAUGAUCCCACUGAAGAUGUGUUUGUUAUACCAGCUAAGGAAAAACCAGUAGAAAUACAGUGGGUAAAACCAGAGCCAAAAGUAGAUUUGAAAGCAAGAAAGAAAAGGAUUUACAAAAGGCAACGAAAAAUGCAGCAGAAGAUGAACAGUAGGAGUAUAAAAUGAAUCCAUGGAUAACAUUAUUUUUCAGUUAUUGUAUAUUUGUUUUGUAUUCUGUGUGUAAAUAGUUUUAGUAUCCAGAGCUACUUUGUGUCGUUACCAUGCCAUUUAAAAAAAAAAAA